CGAGGACUUCUAAGGCAUUAACAAAAGCUGAAUUACGACAAAGGCUUUUAGCUCCAGCAUUACCGUGAUGGCGCCAUCAUGAUCCUACACUACUUUCAUCUUUCAGAUAGAGGGAGAGAAAAUGGAGAUGAAUCUUUAUUCUUCCGUUUCCUUCAUCCUAUUCACCUUGAUCGCUCUUCAAUGUCUACCUCUCACCAUUCAACAAGCUACGGAAACCUGCAGUUCAACGCUACCACUCAACGACCUCACCUUCAACUCAAGCCUCCUUAAAUGCGUCGAAGCUUGGACUCCCCAGAACUACAUCCUCCGUUAUGCUAGAACGGUGGAGAACACAUGGAGCUUCAUCUUAUCGGCACCUGACUCCAGCGUCUUUAUCGGGAUUGGAUUCUCCACCAACGGUCAAAUGAUCGGAUCCAGCGCCAUUGUCGGGUGGUUACCUCCUGGCGGUGGAGUAGGACAGGCGAAACAAUACUUUCUCGGAGGACAGUCGCCCGGUGAAGUGAUGCCUGACCAAGGAGAUCUAGUGAUCGUCAACGGUUCUUUAAAGAUCGAGUCAGUGUCGUCACGUCUUUACAUGAGUUUUCAGUUGACGACGGAGCUGCCGCGGCAGAGCAUUCUUUACGCUAAGGGACCUGCCGGAUUCUUCCCAUCUUCGCCGGGGUUUAGGUUGAGGGAGCACCAAUCCAUGACCACCACGACCAUCAAUUUUAUUACAGGUUCGCGAAGUGUGGUUAAGCGUUCGCGACACUCUAUGCUAAGGAAGGUACACGGUCUAAUGAACAUGUUUGGCUGGGGAAUACUAAUCAUCAUCGGUGCCAUAGUGGCACGAAAGUGGAAAUUGCACAAAACCACCCCCUCCUUGUUUAUGGUCGACCUUUCUGACCUUAUUUUAUAUUGUCACAUCGCUAUCCAAAUCACCGGCUUUCUCCUAGGUUUAAUUGGCAUCAUUUGCGGUUUGUUUCUCGAAAACCAAACCAACGCCAAUAAUGUUUCCACGCACAAAGCCCUUGGGAUAACAAUACUUGUCAAUGUUGUCAUGGGCGUUCUCCAGGUCCUAGCGUUGCUUGCUCAACCGGACAAAGAAUCGAAAUACAGGAAAUAUUGGAACUGGUAUCAUCACAACAUAGGAAGAGUUAUGAUAAUACUCACCAUUUUUAACAUCUUCUAUGGUAUUCAUCUCGGUAAAGCUGGCACUUCCUGGAAUGUCGGUUACGGUUCUGCGGUUGGUGUCUUGGCUUUGGUUGCUAUUGUUCAAGAAGUUAGAAACUUCUUGAACAACAAAGAAUUUUUUGAUUUUCCAGCAUGAUAUUUACUAUCUAUAAAAGGAGAGUGUGAUGUAUUUAUUGAACAUUG